UUUAAGAACUGGUUAGGUAGGUCUCACCAUCUGAGACAGAGAGAGAGAGAGAGCGGGACAGUGUGUGUGCGCGUUGUCUGCCCUGUGGAGGUACAGAGGGGAGACAGAACAAAUCCACCCAGAUCGAGAGACAGAAAGAAAGCAGGAGACCUGUUCCAGAAACAUUACCUUCUCUUUGCAAGUCACACAGGUGCCUCUCUUCAACAGGAGAGAGAGAGAGAGACAGAGAAUAGAGAGAAAGAGAGAAGGGCUGAUCAACAAACCAGUUUGUCCCCCUCUCUCACUGGUGCAAGAGAACAGCUGCAUCUCAAAAAAACAAUUGAACCUUUUCGAAUACAAACCGGAGACGAGAUGCCCCGGGCUUUUCUGGUGAAGAUUCGGAGUGACAAUGUGAGGUCUCGGAGCUGGGGAGAGAUACCUGAUCAAAUGAGAGCGGAUAUUUACAUACCGCACCCUCUGGAUAUGAUUCAAUACCGAGAGACUGAAAUUGAUGUGUCGCCCCUGUGUCUUUCUGUGGAGGAGAACACUGAGAAGGAAUCUUCCUAUGAUACAGACUCCAGCACAUCUGCACAGGACACUGAAAGUGGAACUCACAACAUCCACCAGGGAUUCACACGCUCCAAGAUAAAGGUCACCCGGGGGACGUGUUCGGACCAGCUAUUCAGCUGCCCAUUUUGCCAGAAGACCUUCCAGUACCAGCGCAUGCUCAACAGGCACCUGAAAUGCCACAACGAUGUCAAACGCCAUCUCUGCAACUUCUGUGGGAAAGGCUUCAACGACACGUUUGACCUCAAGCGACAUGUACGAACACACACAGGGAUACGCCCGUAUAAAUGUCACAUGUGUGAGAAGGCCUUUACUCAACGCUGCUCACUUGAGUCACACCUGAAAAAGAUUCACGGUGUACACCAGUCGUACGCCUACAAGGAGAGGCGAACAAAGCUGUACGUCUGUGAGGAGUGUGGGUUCACAGCUGAGAGCCAGGACUGUCACCUCAUCCACCUGAAGGAGGAACAUCCCAACAGCCCGCUCCUGCGCAAAGCCUCAAAGAAAGCAGCGGCCAUGAAGGAAAGCUCCCUACCGGAGACUCUCAGCAUGUAAUCUCUGAUCUCCUUCAACUCCCCUCCUUGCCACUAACCUCUCUCUGUCAUUGCCACAGGGCCCUCGGGCGGUGGGGCUAACUGGUCCAAAACCCCCUCCUCCCCUCUCACUGCUCACUGGGAUGGCACAGGGGUUAGCGCUGCUGCCUCACGGCGCCAGGGACCUGGGUUCGAUCCCCACCCUCGGGUGACUGUCUGUGUGGAGUUUGCACAU